AUGGUGCCUCGUGUGACCCGCGCUGCAGCUCGGGCGGCAGCAGCGUUGCUCACAGACACCCAACCCAUCAAUCCCCCAGCUGAAGCAUCAAACGCUCCCACCACCACCAAAAGAAAAAGAACCACAAAGGCAGAUGUACCAACACCUAAGAAGAAGACACGACCAAAGGCAACUGCCUCCAAGAAGCAACGCAAGAAACAGACAAAGCCAGUCCUUGCAUCUGCAGUUGAUGAGCUCCCCCAUAACCUGGGACCUGCACCUGUCUCGUUAUCCACAGAUGCAGAUCCUGCAGUGUCAAUCAAUGGCACUGACAAAGAGAACCAGACAAUCAAAGAAGAAAUAGUUGAGAAGCUCGCCACAGAGCUCCAGCAAACCGUUGACAAUGCCACACAGGUUGUUGUCAAGGAGGACCCAGAGCACAAACUAACGAAAAGUGACCAGAAAGGCCAGAAGAAGCCCAAGAGACAUCCAUAUGGCUUGACCCCUGGACAAACUCCCUUCCCUGACUGGGUUCGUCCUACAACCGAAGAGUGUGAAGAGGUCAAUCGAUUGUUGUCUGGCAUUCAUGGAGAGAUUAUCGCACCAAAGACACUUCCCGAACCUUCUCUGACGGUCACUGGCUGUGGCGAGGUCCCAUCUGUUCUUGAUGCCUUGAUUCGCACUUUACUCAGUGGAGCCACAACGGGGAAUAAUUCUGCCAUGGCUUUCAAUGGACUCGUCCAGCGAUUCGGCAUCCUCACUGAGGGUAUCGGCAAGGGGAGUGUCAACUGGGAUGCCGUGCGACAAGCCUCACUGAAGGAUGUCUUCGAAGCAAUCAAGAGCGGCGGACUCGCAGACAUCAAGAGCAAGAACCUCAAGGCGAUCCUGGACAUGGUGCACCAGGAGAACCAGCAACGACGGAAUCUCUUGGUAGAAACUGGACCAGCACACAACAAGAACAAUGACAAAGACAACCAGCCCCCAACAAACAAAGUCGAGAAGGAUAAGCAGUAUGAGAUAGCCUGUGCCGACCAAAACUUCCUCUCGCUUAACCACCUACACAACCUCUCCUCGGAGGAAGUCAUGGUAGAGUUGGUCAAGUACCCCGGGAUCGGCCCCAAGACUGCCGCCUGCGUACUCUUGUUUUGUUUCCAGCGACCAUGUUUCGCUGUCGACACGCACAUCUUCCGCAUCUGCAAAUGGCUGGGCUGGGUACCACCCACUCGCACCAACGAGGUCACCGCGUUCAGUCAUCUGGAGGUACGGAUCCCGGAUCGCCUCAAGUACUCGCUGCACCAGCUGCUCAUCCGCCACGGAAAGACCUGUCCACGCUGUCGAGCUAUCACUGGCGAGUCCAGUGCUGGAUGGGACGAGGGGUGUGUUAUUGAUCAUUUGGUGACGCGGACGGGCAAGCGCAAGGGUGCUGCUGCGACUGAAAAGCCUCAGAAGAAUGGAGGAAAGAAGCAUGGUCGAAAGAAGAGAAAAACAGAGCACAGCGAAUCCAGCGAGGCCAGUGAAUCCAUGGAGAGCGAGGAGACUGAAUGGCACGAGGACUGA